AUGAGUGGUAGAAUCUUCGAUUUAAUUGAUUUAGAAUGGUUAAAUCAAGCUAAUCAACAAAUUCAAAGCGGUAUUAACGUCGAAACCGUUCUCCAAAAUGUCCCUUUAACAGAUGGAAGAAUUCUUCCCACAAUAUCACAUAAAACUUUUAAAAACGCUCUUAAUUUCAAUCAAAUUGAAAUUCCAAAAUUACGUACAGGUCCAAAACCAAAAGAUCCACCACAAGGGAUCAAAUUCAAAAUUUAA